GGUGACGUCCCCCAUCCCUGCGCUGGGCCAGCACGGGGAGCCCCCCGCGCCCCCCCAGCCUCCGGGGGCACCAUGAAGGACCGGCUGGAGCAGCUCAAGGCGAAGCAGGAUGCGGACGACGAGGAGGAGCUGGAGAUCGCCGUGGACAACACGGCCUUCAUGGAUGAGUUCUUCUCGGAGAUUGAGGAGACCCGGCAGAACAUCGACAAGAUCUCAGAGAACGUGGAGGAGGCCAAGAAGCUCUACAGCAUCAUCCUCUCAGCCCCCAUCCCAGAGCAGAAGACCAAAGAUGACCUGGAGCAGCUGACGGCAGAGAUCAAGAAAAUGGCCAACAGCGUCCGUAACAAGCUGAAGAGUAUGGAGAGGAACAUCGAGCAGGACGAGGCACGAUCCUCCGCCGACCUCCGGAUACGCAAGUCCCAGCACUCGGUCCUGUCCCGCAAGUUCGUGGACGUCAUGACCAAGUACAACGAGGCGCAGGUGGAUUUCCGGGAGCGGAGCAAGGGCCGGAUCCAGCGCCAGCUGGAAAUCACCGGCAAGAACACGACGGACGAGGAGCUGGAGGAGAUGCUGGAGAGUGGGAACCCCUCCAUCUUCACCUCGGGGAUCAUGGACUCGCAGAUCUCGAAGCAGGCGCUGAGCGAGAUCGAGGGGCGGCACAAGGACAUCGUGCGCCUGGAGAGCAGCAUCAAGGAGCUCCACGACAUGUUCGUGGACAUCGCCAUGCUGGUGGAGAAUCAGGGAGCCAUGAUCGACCGCAUAGAGAACAACAUGGACCAGUCCGUGGGGUUCGUGGAACGGGCCGUGGCCGACACCAAAAAGGCUGUGAAGUACCAAAGUGAGGCCAGGAGGACGCUCCCGGCGCCAUCCCAGCGAUGUCACCUCCCGGCGGGAUGCUCCCCGGCUCUGCUCCUGGAGCCCUCCUCUCCCUGCUGCUCCCAGCCCUCCGUGUCCCGGUUCCCGCCGCGGGCUCCAGCAGCACCGCCACUCCCGCUCGUCCUGCUUUCCCUGGGAUCUGCCCCUCAUGUCCCCACGGAAAGGGACAGGAUUCCGUCCGUGGGGACGCGGCCACUGGUGCCUCAGCCCCAGCGAGGAGUGACAAGGACACAGACCCGAGGGCCGGACUCCCACCCGCGCGGGCAUCCCGGUGGGAUGAGGGCGGGAAUAGGGACAGGACGCGGGGUCUGGCGGCACCAGCGUGGUUUCUUGUCACCGUGCUGUGACAAGACGGAGCCGUCGGGGUCCCCGUCCCCUCGUGGCUUUGAUGUCCGGGCGGGAGGAUGUGUUGGUCACGGACAUUUAACUCCCGCUGUAAUAAAAUCCCGCUGAUCCCGCCCUGUGCCUCCUCUCGGUGCUGGCACCGGGAACGCCCAAAGCCGCCGGCACGGCUCCGGCUCGGCUCCCGGUGCCCGGGGGUUUGGGGGCCGCACCGGCCCCGUUUCCCGGUGCUGUAGGACACGAGGAGGAAGCUCAGGGCUGGGGACACCCCCAGCUCCCGGGCCCUAUCCAGACUGUCCCCCCCCACCAAGUUUUUGGGUAAGUCGCGGUGUUUGGUCACCUGUCCCAGGGCACGCUGGCACUGUCACCUCGGUGUGCCACACAGAACCAGCUCACACCUGCCCUGCCACCUUCCCCAGCCCCUGUCCUUUCUCCCCACUGCUCUGCCCCUGUCCUUGCUGUCCCACUCCCCAUUCCUUGCCCCGCUCCCCAGCCCGAUCCUCAUCCCCUGUCCUCCUCCCCGGCCCAUCCCCUGUCCGUGUCCCCUCCCCGGCUGUGUCCCUGCCUCACGCUCCCUGU